GAGCCCUGCCCACUCUCACAAAACCAUUCAACUCGUGCACAGUGUCAGUGAGCAUUCCUAGACCUCAACAGAGAACUCCGCUUCCCUGGGGCAACCUUCUGAAGACGACUGCCCUUCCCACACAAAACUUCCCAAGGACCAGAAAUCCUCUCCGCUUCAGCCCUGGCAAGACCAACUCCCCGUUCCACAACAUUUCUUCACAAUCUCCUUUUUCAACAAAAGGAUUAUUCUUUUUUUCAUUCUAUCAACUUUCUGACCAGUUUAGCUGGCACUUUUUUCAACUUUUAGCCCAAGUCUCAGAGCACUGCUGACUCUAUUCAUUUGCCCUGAGCUGCAAGUAUACCUUGACUGGUGGAGUUUUUCUUUUCCUUCUCCCUUUUAGUACAAGGACAUACGUUUUUUUUUCCACCACUCUCAUCAUUUUGGCUGCCAGUUGGUGCGCGCCGCCCACUCUCCAUUGUCCCGGCAGCAGACCUUGUCUCAACCAGGAUGUCUCCUCUGCCACUGGUAAGUGGAAUCCUGCUGCUGUUCACCCAUUUUGGCGGGGCCGCUGGCUCUUCGCCCAUGGGGGGCUCCUUGACGAUGACCCAGUCCCAGAUGACGCCGGAGGUCACCGAAUGCCCGUCCUGCGCACUGGCGAGGCUCGGCGCAGACGACGGAGGCGAACCUGACGUGGUGGAGGCGGUGAAGAGGCACAUCCUCAACAUGCUGCACCUGCAGGAGCGGCCCAACGUCACCCACCCGGUCCCCCGCGCCGCGCUGCUCAACGCCAUCCGCAAGCUGCACGUGGGGCGCGUCGCCGAGGACGGCAGCGUGCAGAUCGAGGACGAAGGCCGCGGGCGCUCCGAUGCCGCGGACCUGGCCGAGACGACUGAGAUCAUUACAUUCGCAGAGGCCGGUGACUCCCCAGGCGUGGUCAACUUCAUCCUCUCCAAGGAGGGCAGCAAGCUUUCUUUGGUGGAGCAGGCCAAUGUAUGGAUCUUCCUCCGACUGGCCAAGAGCAACCGUAGCCGCGCCAAAGUCACCAUCCGCCUGCUGCAGCAGCGCCAAGGCCCCGAUGGCCGCGACAGCUCGGUGCCGUUGUUCGAGAAGGCGCUGGACACGCGGCGCAGCGGCUGGCACACAUUCCCCGUGUCGGCCAGCGUCCAAGCCCUGCUGCAGGCUGGCGGGAGCACACUCAGUCUGAUAGUCUCGUGCCCCCUAUGCGCCAGCGCUGGGGCCACGCCCGUCCUGGUGUCGGCCGGCGGCGGCCGGGAGCGCGAGCAGUCCCACCGACCCUUCCUCAUGGCGGUGGUGCAGGCUGGUGAGACGCGGCGACGCCGCAAGCGGGGCCUCGAGUGCGACGGCAAGGUGCGCGCCUGCUGUAAGCGCCAGUUCUACGUCAACUUCAAGGACAUCGGCUGGAGCGACUGGAUCAUAGCGCCGGGGGGUUACCACGCCAACUACUGCGAGGGUGACUGCCCCAGCCACGUGGCCAGCAUCACAGGCUCUUCCCUGUCCUUCCACUCCACCGUCAUUAACCAGUACCGCAUCAGGGGCUACGCGCCCUUCCAGAACAUCAAGUCGUGCUGCGUGCCCACGCGGCUACGAGCCAUGUCCAUGCUCUACUACAACGAGGAGCAAAAGAUCGUCAAAAAGGACAUCCAGAACAUGGUUGUAGAGGAAUGCGGCUGCUCGUAAAUGUCUGGCAUAUCCGGAGGGGCUGGCAGGUUGGUUACCUGUAGGCACAGUACUGACUCGAAGCGGAGGAGGGAGACGGAGGGAUGAGUGCACGUCGCUUCCCAAUCCUUCCCACCCCCCCUCCCUUUGUCUGUCUUUCUCUCUUUGACGCAAGACACUUGUCAAGACCGACUUCUGUUUGGAUUCGACGACUGGCUUGUUCUCUGUCGUGGGGCAAGUCCAAGGGGUAUCUAUAACUCAGAGAAGUCUCUGCGGCACUUUCAGAAAAAAAAACAAAAAUGAAAAAGAAUAUAUAAUAUAUUUUUGUUACAAAACUGAUGGAGUUAGGUGAGAGGAUAUUUAUGUUACCCAGAUUGUGUUGUAGUCGCUCCUUUCAUGCACUGCAAGACGAGAGACCGUGCGGAUGAGGCGCCCGAAAAAAAAUCUCAAAACUAUGCAACUUGUCAAGUAUUAAAAUUGUAUUUUCUUUUGCCUGUUUAAUUUUCUCAAUUGUUUACUUUUUCAAAAGAAAAAAAAGAGGAAUUCUUUUUUUAAUACUUUUUUUGAAGUAUGUUUUACGUUUGACUGACUUUGUGUGCGUGUGUGUUUGUGCUCCUGUGUGUGCAUGCACAUUUGUGGAGCAAGUGUGUGUUGUUGAGAGAUACUUGAAAGAAACAAGUUUGACCAGAUGCUGGAACCAAACAUGUAUAAUUAUUAUAAUUAUGAUAAUUUUGUAUUAAUAAUAUUAUUGUUUGUUGUUUUUGUUAUUUUUGUUUAAAAAACGUUACAAACGUUUUCAGUUUGCACUAUACCAACAUUCUGAUCAGCCUAGUCACAAAUAUCAAGGGUAUUCGAAGAGAUGUUAAAAAGCACUUAUGAAUGGACAAACAAAUAGUGUACGUGAGUUUAAAAAAAGUGAGUGAUAAAGAGAUAAAUAAGAUGAUUAGAUACUAUUUUGAGAAAAAGUAGAAAUGUAUGACAUUUCUCUGACCACACCAAAGAGUUUGUGUGUUGCCAACCAUCAUUGUGAGGCAGUUACAGUUCGUUUCACAAAGAAGUCUAGGUUAGCGUUAGCAUAGCCUAGCAUCAGUACCCAAACAUUCCUUUGGCUCCUGCACAGUAAUUGAAUUUCCCAUAAUGCUUCACUCUAACAUGCUUUUUGGAAUACUAUGUUGCCUGAGAGCGGCUUAUUAUUGUAACUUAAAAAAGCACUUGCUGUAAGGUCAAUGCUGUAGUGCUUUGGGAGAAAGUGUAUGUGUCCAAUUAAGUCAAAAAUAUAAUUCUGGAAUAUUUAGUUAAAAUAUUUUAUCUUAUAUCUCACCAAAUAUUGGAAGGUCACAUCUUAUACCAAGUAAAAGUUUUUGUUUGGAGAGUUGGUUUGUUUCGCUUACUUUAUGAAACACUGUACAUUCUCUAAUGUCUGAAAUGAAGCAAUUCGAAAUGUUGGUAACUCUUGAUUUUACUGCCCAAUGUUUACAAGCUUGUUUUGUAAUUACUCUUUGGCUUCUUUGAUGAAUUUCCACGAGCAUAUCUAUGUCCAAUUAUUAGUACUUACAGUAGGUACUUACCAGUAAUAUUUCAUUCUAUUUCAGUGUUAAUAGUGUUGACAUACAAGCAAAUAUUGCACAUAGUUUCUCAGUUAAACCCACAUGAAGUGAACCAGUUUUAAACGGGCUGUAAAAUAAAGUGUUACCUGAUCUUUCCCCUCAAAGUUGUGUUUUUUGAGUAUAGAAACAUUAAACAGUACAGAAACAUAUUUAUGUACCAUACAGUGCAUUGAUGCAUUCAAAAAUAUCAAUAGAAAAAAAGGCUAAAAAAGAAGAAAAAAGUGGUUGUAUUGUUUAAAUUUUUCUUUUAUAAAUACAAAAGAAUUGACACUGAAACAAGUGGACUAAGAAUAAAAAGCAUAUUUUUUAUUCUGUAUAUAUGGAAAUCAGAUAACAGUAUGUUGCAUUGCUUUGUUGUACAAAUCAAAAAUGUGCUUGUGGCUAAGUUUUUUAAUCUAAUUUAUUUUACAGUAUUUUUGUUUUGUUU